AUGACCGCUGAAGAGUGAUACAUGCGCGCUCGCGGCAAGCAGGGCGCCGCCAGCGAGCCCGAGACGGACUCGCUGUCUGACACCUCGGACACCGACAAGUACGCAAAGCGCAGCGACGACAGCUGCAGUGCGGGCCUCAGCGACGGCCGCGCGCUGCGCUGGCUGCUCGGCGCGGGCGUGUUGACUCGCUUCUACGGCCUCGCGUGGCCCGACGAGGUGGUCUUUGACGAGGUGCACUUUGGAAAGUUUAUCACCGGAUAUUUGACCGGGCAGUACUUUUUCGACAUCCACCCGCCGACCGGAAAGCUGCUCAUCGCCGCCGUCGCCUGGGCGAGCGGCUUCCGCGGCACGCAGCCGUUUCAAAAGAUCGGCGAGGCGUACCGGGUUGGCACGAACCUCUUCGCGCUGCGCGCCCUGCCGGCCGCGUUCGGCGCCGCGCUGCCGCCGCUCCUGUUCUCGCUCGCGCGGCAGCUCGGCUGCUCCUCCGCCUCCUCUCUCUUGGUCGGGUGCCUCGUCCUCCUCGACGGCGCGACGCUGGGAGAGGCGCGCCGCGGGAGGGCGGAGGAGGAGGGGAUGGAGGCUGGCGACGCGGUCGCGCGCUCCCAGCCCGUCUUCUACUGGUCCUCGACAAAGUGCUACGCCGACCACUACUGCCGCAUCUACAUGGCGGCGAACCCGAUCGUGUGGGGCGUCGGCCUCACCGGCCUCGCCGCGCUCCUCCUCCUCCUCCUCGGCCGCCUCUGCUCCUGCGGCGCGCGGCGGAGGCUUGGCACGGCGCGAGGCGCGCCUGCCGCGGUGCGGCACGGCUGGCUGCUGCUGUGCGGCCACGCGCUGGGGUGGCUCCCCUUCGCGGCCGUCAAGCGCGUCGCCUUCCUCUUCUUCCUCCCGCUCUACCUCGGCUGGCCCAUCGAGCCGGCGGACUCGCGCUGGCGCGCGAAGCUGCUCGACCCGUGCCGGCCGGUGCUCGAGUGGGUGGACAGCCACGUGGUGCCAGCCCUGUUCCCCAACGUGUCGGCGGUGGAGCAGUGAGAGAGAGCGCGUCCCGCACGCGUCGCAUCGCGAGCGCGCUCCCUCCCCUUCUCCGACCCGUUACGCGUCUGCAUGUAUCAAGUCCGUUUUGUAUAUAUCACACAAUAUUUAUCUAUCUGUUCA